AUGGGAAUGGAAGAAUCGUUUUUGUCAUCAUUAGAAUCUAUUAUUUCAAAAUUAUUAUCACCUCAUUGUUAUGAUGAAUUAGUAUUAAAACAACAUUUUUUUGAUCUUAAUUGUAAUAAAAUGUUACUAAGUAAAAUGCUUGGUUAUGCUAUAUUAAUUGGAUCAUUACUUGUUAAAUUUCCUCAAAUAGUUAAAAUAUAUUGGAAUAAAUCAGGUGUUGGUGUUAGUGUUUUAGCUGAAACAAUUAUGUUAGCAGCUAUAUUUGGAUCAAUGGCUUAUGGUUAUACAUCAGAAUUUCCAAUAUCAGCUUAUGGAGAUUCUUAUUUUCUUUUUAUUCAAACAUUAUUAGUUAUUUUAUUGGUACUUUAUUAUCAGAGAAAAUAUUCCAUGGCUAUUAUUUAUUUAGUUUUAUGUGGUUUCGUUACUGUAUUAAUGUAUGAAAAACUCCUUCCGGCUGAUUUCGUUGGUAUAUUAGCUGGUUUAUCUCUUGCAUUAGGUUUAAUUAGUCGUCUUUGGCAAUCAUAUUGCAUAUAUAAAGCAAAAUCAACUGGAAAUCUUUCUGCCAUAACAAUGUUAAUGUUAUUUUUUGGUUCACUUGCACGAAUAUUCACAUCAGUUGAAGAAACAGGAGAUUCAACACUUAUAUGGACAUAUAUAUUGAAUUCAUUUGCAAAUUUUUUAUUGAUAUUUCAAUUAGGAUAUUAUUGGUCAGCUCCUCUUCCUCUUUUAGAACAAACAAAAAAAACUCAAUAA